UUGUUCUCUCCGAAUUUUAAUCAUGGCGGAUCAACAAUACGGAUAUGGCGGGGCAGCUGUCCCCCAAGCUGCACCACAAAAUUAUAGCUACGCUGGAUACGGAGCAACAGGAACAGACACUAGCUAUUCUGCUGCUGGUUAUGGUGUACCUCAGCAACAGGCACAGCCAACACCACCAACGAGCUAUGGAACAACUGCCUCCUAUGGUGGAUAUGACCAGAGUUAUGCCACUUCAGCUACCUCCACUGCACAAACCUAUGGUUCAACUCCAAGCACAUAUGGAAGCCAACCCAGUGCAUACGCUGGAUCUGAAGCUACGAGCCAGUACAGCCAACCCCCUGCACCUGCACCUACAUAUGGACAGAGCUCCUCUUACAGUCAACAGAACUCAUAUUCACAGCCCCAACAGACUCAACAAGAGACGUCUUCAUAUGGUUCGAGUUACAGCUCAGGUGGUUAUGCUCAGCCACCCCCAGCAUAUAGUCAGCAACCUCCAGCAGCGAGCAGUCAACCUGCAUAUGGACAGACCACACAAGCUUCAUUGAGUUAUCAACCACAGACCAGUUACACAGCAUCUUAUGACCAGUCACAGUAUGGGGCCGCAUAUAGUCAAGCCCCUGCAGCUCAACCAAACUAUAGUCAGCCGCCACCACCACAGCCUCAAGCUCAGCCUGCUCCUCCUGUGGCCCCUCAGCCACCACCACAGCUGCAGUCACCGCCCCAUCAGCCGCCACCAGUGCAGCAGCCUCCACCCCAACAGCCGCCGCCAGUUCAACAGCCACCCCCACAUCAUCCACCACCACAGUCUUAUAGUGCUAUGCCGCCGCAGAGGGCUUAUCAGCCGCCCAGUGGACCGCCCCCUUCAUCUAGUGGUCCACCUUCAUCUGUGGCUGGUGGUCCUCCACCAGGAAUGCCACACCAUGGUGGCCCGCCACCAGGAAUGCCACCACCUCCACAGCAUGGACCACCUUUCCAAGGAGGAGGCGGAGGAGGAGGAGGUCGCGGCCGAGGUUCAUACAAUGGCGGUGGUCGAGGAUCUUACGGUGGCGACAGUGGUAUGGGUGGUCAAAAUGCAGCGGCUGGCAAAGCUGGAUAUUAUGACCCUAGCGUACCCAAGAUUCAAUCGAAGGAUACGAUUUAUGUUUCCAACCUACCAGGAGAUACGACUGAAGAAAUGUUAGAGCAGCUAUUCUCACCUUGGGGACGACUCAAAAAAGACAAGCGAACUGGCACUAACAUGAUCCGAAUCUACAAGGACUCCAAGACGGAUAUAGCCGAGAGUGCCAUCGUCGGGUAUGAAGAUAUGGAGGCAGCUACGGAUGCUGUCACUCGUUUCAAUGAUACGGUGUUUGAAGGCCACACGCUGAAGGUCGAGAUGGCAAUGAAGAAGCAGUGGACACCAGGUGGCCCCGGUGGCCGAGGUGGAUUUGACAGGGGAAGGGGACGAGGUCGCGGUGAUGGAAUGGGCUUCCGUGGUCGAGGUCGUGGGAAUGGCUUUGGCGGAGAUCGAGGAGGCGGCGGCAUGGGUGGUGGUGACAGACCUGGAGAUUGGACUUGCCCGGAAUGUAACAAUGUUAACUUUGCCCGUAGAAGUGAAUGUAACCGGUGUCAAGCGCCAGCGCCAGACAAUGCUGGAGACAGUGAUGAAUCUGGAGGUGGUUUCCGGGGCAGAGGCCGAGGAGGACCCCCUAUGGGUCGUGGUAUGGGAGGACGUGGUGGCCGUGGUGGUGACUUCGGUGGAAUGCGUGGUGGCCCACCACGUGGACGUGGCGGUGGUGAUUUCCGUGGUGGCCGUGGGAUGCGUGGUGGGGACCGCGGAGGACGUGGAAUGGACCGUGGAGGCAGAGGUGGACGUGGAGGCAUGCAAGAUAGAAGACCACGACCAUAUUAGGACAAGCUCGUUUCACUUCAGGAUUCUGUGUAUAAUUGUGGAUUGUUCCAGUCUUAAGGAUAUUGUUGGAAUGGACUCAGUACGACACAUUCAGAGUUACGAACUGGAAUAGUCUUGGCAUCGUGUAAUUUGACACUGUCAAGAUGAUUAUGAGAACUAUCAUGUAAAUAGGCCACAGUUGUUCAUUUCCAUUCAGUUAAUCGGUCCGUGGACACAAUGCAGAUGUAAGAACUAUAAUUUGACAAUACAGAGCAGGGACAUUGUUUCAGGUCAUAAGUCAAGGAUAAUUUGGCUCUUAGAGCUUUAAAGUUGUUUGCAGCAAUUUUUAGACGAGUCCUGAAAGUCAUUUUCCGAUAUUUUUUGUUGUCAUCCUCAAGAAGAGGGCUAGUGAAGCUAUAUCGGAGGAAAGCUAGUAUUUCCAUAAAAUUUUUGACAUCAUAUGUAAAGAGCACUGGAUCAUUUUGUAUAGUUAUGCCAAAUUGUAAUUUCACCAGUUCAGUUUUGUAGCCAUAGACCUUUUUCUGCCAGGGCUUUCUAAGUCCCCUGCUGGUUAAAAUGAAUAUUUUGAGAGUAAGUUUUGAUAAAAAGAUAAGAAGUUAAAUUGGGUACAAGAUCAUGCACUGCUUUCAAGAAAAAGAUCAGACGUCAGAUUUUAUCUUUUUUUCUCUCUUGUAAAUGUAUUUUACUUGGAUGAAAAUAAAUGUUUUGUAUGUGAAA